AUGACAAGCAGUUCAGACAUAAGAGAAUCACAAUCAACAACAAUACCAGAGAGUGAAGAUGGUGAAACAACAUUAGUAUCACCUACCCCUGAUUCUUCAACAGAUUCUUUACAUUCACAAGGAAUUUCACCAUAUCCUGCAUCACAACCACCAUCACCAUCACCAUAUGAUGAUGAUGAUUCUUCAAAAAAUAAUGGUUUUCCAACUAUUUGUGUAAUUAUUUGUAUUUCAUUAAUAAUUCUCUUGAUUAUAAUAAUAAUUGUAAUAAAUAACAUAGGAGUAAUUCAUGAUAAAGAUAUUUCUAGAAUUCCUUUAAAUUAUGAAUUAAGUCUUAAAAGACUUAUUCCAUUUAAUAGUAGAUUUGAUUAUGUUAUUAAAGGAAAAAUUUUUAAUAGUAAUGAGAUUUCUAAACGAGAUAAUGUUAAUAAUAAUUCUUCAUCUACAAAUGUAACAUCAACUUCAAAUACAACCAAUACAAAUAAUUUUGUAUUGGCAGAAUUAAUUUCUCGUUCAUUAAUCGUAAUCCCAGCUGGAUGGUAUGAAGUACAAGAAUUUCGUUAUGAUAAAGAUGGUAAAUUUACUCAUAAAGUAUUAACAACAUUAUGUCAUAUUGAAUUUGGAUUAUCUUCUUUAUGGUCAGCUCCUGAUGUUGACAUUCAAUUUACUACUUAUCCUCCUUUAAACCUAACGAAAAAACUUACUUUACAAGAAAGUAUGAAAUAUUGUAAAUGGAAAAUUUCUUGGACAAUAAUCAUGAAUGGUUAUAUUCAUAAAUUAUGUCCUAAAAAUCUUAAUAUAACAGAAAAUAAUAAUACGGGUUCAUUUGAUAGUCAAGAUUAUGAAAAAGUUGCUUAUUUUAAAGGAUUUGAAUUUUUUGGUUUCACUUUUUUAUCUUUGGAUUCAAAAAUUAAUUAUGGAUAUACUACUAUUCCAAAUAUUUUAAAUAUGAUGUCUAGAAGUGUUUAUAUAACGAAAGAUGCACCAUUCCCUCCUAUUAUACCUGCAAUAUAUACUGCUUAUUAUAAUUUUAUAACUAAUUCUCGAUCUAGUAUAAGUUAUAAACACAAGAAUUCGUAGAAUAUUGAUUAAUCUAGAAUAUGUGUUAACUGUUGAAACUUAAAAAUAAAUAAUGUGUAA